AUUCACACAAAGCAUUAAGCAAGCAAGCAAGCACUCUGUGACAGCAUCAGACAUUCACAGCACAGGACACAACUUCAAAAAUUGCGUCUGAAGUUUGGAAAAAGCUCUUUCUGCAUUGAUAUCUGUUGCCAGCACUCUAACUGUCAAAAUGUGAAAUAGCCCAUCCCUUUCUAGGAUGUAACAGAUGCUGGACGUUCUGCCAGUCGGGAAUAAACUGCUGUUGCUUCUUUUUUUCACCAACAUCUGCGUACAGGAUAUUUAAUAUCUUGUCGUGGUUAUCUUCUCGACGUGAUGGACGCUUGUGAUUCUGGUGCUCUCUCUCAGAGCUUUGAGAACUGCAGCAUGGAAGAAGGCACUGGGAACAAGAAUCAAACAGGGACAUCAGUGAACAACAAUAUUUCGGCUAGUGGUGGUAACUGGAUGCAAAUGACCCAAUCAGAAAAAUCAAAUCAACCAUCAAAUAUUAAUGAUGAAAUUGAAGAUUUGCUAUCUAUGACAGUAUCAAAGGAUUAUAUUAACUGUGUUUGGACCAGUGAACCUGAUGGCAAGAAUGCUGUUGUUACCAACAAUUUAGUCUCUGCAGAUGUAACUUUAAACAAUGGUGAGUCCUCCAAUCAUUCUGAAAAUUUAAGUCCAAGUUCAAUGCCUAAGGAAGAGAUAGAACCAUCGAAAAGUCCAAGUCAAAUGCCUGAGGGAAAGACACAACAAGCUAAAAGUCCAGGUCAAGCACUUGCGGAAAAGAGUGAACCAGCUAAAAGCCCAGCCAUUAUCAGGAGGAAGAGGAAGCGGACUUCAAAGCCAAAAAGCAAAGCGGAAGAUUCAGCUGCAACCAAAGCCACCACCAUUCAUGAAACUUCUAAUCCAAAAAAUUCCAAUUUACUUGGGGAAGCUGCUGAAAACAAGCAAACUAAAACACGGCAGAGAGCGAAAUCAGGGGAGAAGAAAGUUUCACUGGAUGAAAUUGAUGUUGAAUCUAAAGAAUGCGCUGAGAAAAAGGAUAAACUGUUCUCUGCCUACAAGCAAUUUGUUUUGAAUCAACCGGUGCCUCCUUACAACCCCAGCCUAUUAAAUAGCCGUUUCACUGUGGAGAAUCUUCAUGUCUGCAAAGCUUGUGGUGAUAAAUUUGUACUGGAAACCAGUCUCCUUGGUCAUAUGUCCAGGAAAAUUGGAAGAUUGUCGUACAAGUGCCCAGUCUGUGAGGGCCGCUUAUGUUUCAAUAACAGGUGUGCUUUCCUAAAUCAUAUAAAGGCUCAUGGAUUUAAUCCUUCUUUCUUGAAACCUGGAGACCUGUCUAUUUUGCCUCUUGAAGCCGAUGAAAGUGAGUGUGAUAUCCUUUUCAAAGAAAGUUCCCUCAAUCUCUCCAGCUGUCCAGAGUGUUCUGAGAUGGUUGACUCUAUCAAGUUGCAUUUUGGUGGAGCAAAUACUACAGAGAGAGUAAGUGGUGCUCUACUUUGUGAAUUCUGUGGGUAUGUCUCACCAUCCAAGUGUGCUGCUUCUGCACACACUAGGUAUCAUAAAAGUGAACCCUCAUUUUUAUGCCCAGACUGCGGAGAAAUAUUUUUAAAGUCCUCUUCUCUCCUAAGUCAUAUGAAAACAAAUUGUCACCAUGACUCAAAAAGGACAGUAUUUAACUGUUAUCAUUGUAGUGUGGUAAUUCAAUCAGUAGAUGAAUUUUUUGAACAUUUGUUAACCCAACAUGUGAGAUCUGUGUACAGGUGUCAUCUAUGUGGAAUUUCAGAUAGAUCUGUUGAAGAUUUCAACACUCACAGAAUAACUGAGCACAAUUUGCCAGAACUUAAUUACCUUGCAGGUACAGCUGCUUCUUGUACAGUUACCGAAUGUGAUUUAUGUCCAAGUACUCUUAUUAAUGAAGCAUCUGUAGAAGAUCAUGCCUCUUUCCACACCACUUAUCAUAAAAAUGUACUAACAAUAUUUCAAUGUGCGCCAUGUGAGAGAAAGUUUGCUAGUAAAGCCCUCAUAGUUGACCAUCUACCCUCAUGUCAAGGUUCUAAAGACUCUGCUUGUAAUAAUAAUGUUAUUGAGGGUGAUUGGCCCGAAGUGCCUGAGUUCACGAACUCUGGUCCAUCAGACAAGCUGAUCCAGAGAGCAUCAGUCACUUCAGAAUUUACUCCCACUUCUGAAAGUGAUGGCUUGAAAAAUGUUUCUCUAAUCCAACCAUCAAAGUGGAGUCCCAUCAAUGACACAAAGUCACAAGAGACAUGUGAAGAGGACAGUGAAGUAAAGUUAGACAUCCCAGUGUCUCCCACAAAUGUGCAACCUUCAAAAAAGAGUGUUGUUUGCAAAAUUUGCAAGAAAGUAGUGUGCCAUGGGGCUGAUAAAGCUCUUAUCAAGAGACAUUUUUCUUCUGAGCACUUUGAUAUUUACAUGAAUGCAAUUCAUAGAGAAGUUAAUGGACAGUUGACAAAUCCAGCAGAAGACUAUGUAAUGAAAAGUGACCAGGAAAUUGUAGAUAGUUUUCUAAAAUCUUUCACCAACAAAGAUAAUGUUCCAAAGAUAAGAUCAAAGAAAAGAAACGUGAAAAAGACUACCACCAAGAUUACCAAAGGAAAUGCUCCAGAAAAGUUUGGAUCGAGAGCUCAAAAAGUAGGUCCUCAGAAAAAUGUGAAAAAAUGUUACAAAUGUUCUUUUACAAGUAAGGAUCUAAGGACUUUCAGAUCCCACAUUAUUUUACACAAAUCAAAUGCAUCUGAGCUGCAAUGCCCGGAGUGUGGUCUGUGCUUCAUAGUGCGACCCCCUCUGGAGAAGCACUUAAUUGCGCGCCAUGGUAUCAAAAAUGUUGGCAAAUACCUAUCUGACAAUGGUUUUGAAGAUCAUGAAAGUGAGUUGGAAUUGAGCGAUAACGAAGAUCAACUUAUAAAUGUUGAGUCAGAUUCAGAGGUGUUACAAGAAAACCAGUGCAAAGUCUGUAAGGAAAUAUUUGAGAGUAACAUGUUGCUUGAAAAACAUUUCAGAACACAUGGGGGAGCUUUCCUUCUCGCCAAUCUGAAAGCCAAACGGUCAAGUUUAUAACAAAUCUUCUCUUUGUUAGCAAUCCAUUCCCUCCAGUAAUUAAAGCAAAGGAUCAUAGAAAGUAUUUUCAAGACUGUGUUUUAAUUUCUUACUUUUAACCUGUUUAACUUUGUUUUACAUUUAUAUUUACAUAUUCUAUUCAGUUGUGUAACGCAACUGAUCAUCAUAGUUCUCCUUUUCCAUUUAGAAAAAAAAGGAAAUGCUGCUGCUCUGAUCAGGCUGUAUAUUUUUUAUUAUAUAAAAGAUUCUCCUCUUUACUGUAAUAUUUUAUCAAUAUUUUAGCGUACUGGAUGUGUACUUGUAAAUAAGUAUGAAAACUCAACAUUGUACCUGUGAAAAAGCAUAUUUAAGUUCAUUUUAGACGUGCAUUCAACCUUUAUCACCUGUUUUGUUAAAUUUUGUUCAAACUAAGGUGAUUUAAGCCAUGCAUAUUUUUUUUCCAAUGCCUUAGAGCUUUGUCUGUAUAAAAGAUAAUGAGUGAUUUAUUAUAUUCUUAUGAAUUUCAAAAGAUAUGGAAUAAAAAUGUCAAAUUUGA